GUGUCCGGAUCUCUGUUACCGCUGAGCUAGACCUUGGGACGUCUGGACAUGGCACGCAUACGUAGGCGACAUGAACUGACUGUCGGUGACUCAACUUGUCGACCUUGGCCCGCAUAAAGUACGUCCGAGCUGACAACUUAUCGACUUUUAUAUACGCGUCGAGAACGAUGCUUGGAGACGCCCAGCAAGAGCAGUCAUGUCCCCUCAACGAAUACUGUUCCUCACCAAUCCGGACAAAGUACCAUUCAUCCCGCAACCGCUUUCGAGAUCCAUUCGCGCGCCAUACCAGAUGUAGAGUUGCACUUCGCAUCCUUCGCUUCACUGGGCAGCCGCUUCAAGAAGAUGGCCAAAGUUACAGCCAGAGGUGGACAUAGCUCUCCUACGUUUCAUGCCAUCGACGGGCUCCCACCCUUUGUCGCCAUGGAUCGCAUAACGGAGUAUAUGCCUCUGCAGCAUACGCCUACGCUCGCAGCAUGUCCAAAGUUCGCCCGUCUCAUGGUGCCCUGGACACCAGACGAAUACACUGCGAUUGUCAACGACAUCGUUGGCGUAAUCGAGCGCGUCGAUCCACACCUAAUCAUCAUCGACAAUGUCCUCGGUCAAGCGAUGGACGCCUGCUCUCUCCUCAAGCGACAGUACCACAUCUUCUCUCCCCUCCUCCCCUCCCUCGUCUGCCCUCUCCCUUGGUACGGCGCCUUCGUCAACAUCGCGCACAUCGUGUUCUUGAUGUACGCCGUCCUCACGAGCCCGUACGCCAAGGCUUUAGACGACGCUCGUGCCGCCCGCGGCUGCUCCGGCGGUCUCCCCUCCAUGGGCCUUACAUACGUCGCCCCCGAGCGCACGUACAUCACCGCUGGCGUACCUACGAUCGACCUGCCCUUCGACAAGCCUCCGAACAUGCAUCUCUGCGGGCCCAUCUUAUGCGACCUCGCUCCCAUCGGCGAGAGCGAUCCGGAGUUGGCUACCUGGCUUGACCGCGGGGAGACCGUGCUAGUGAUCCUCGGCACGCACUGCGAGUACAGCGAGCCCGUUGCUCGGCGCGUGCUCUCGGGCUUGCUCGGCGGCGUCGGCUCAGACACUCAGAUCCUAUGGAAGCUGCCACAACGAGACGCGCUGCAGGACCUCUUCGACGAGCUGCUUACGACCUCACACGACCGCACCCGCGUGCGCGCCGUCACAUGGUUCGACGCCGAGCCCGCCGCGAUUCUCGAGCACCCCAACGUCGUCUGUUAUGUUCAUCACGGUGGCGCGAACUCGUACUACGAGGCCGCGAUGGCUGGCGUGCCACAGGUCAUCCUCGCGCAGUGGUCCGACACGUACUACAAUGCGAGGGUCGCGGAGUACCGCGGCUUCGGGGUGUACGGGAACAAGACUAAUCCUCCUGAUAUUGAUGCGGCGGAGCUGAGCAUUGCGCUGAGGCGUGUCAUGUCGAAGGAGGAGGGCUCAAGGCCCAGAGCGCGGGCGAAAGAGGCGCAGACGGCGUGUCGCGAGGCAGGAGGGCGGAGGCACGCUGCAGACAUUGUUCUCGGGCUUCUGAAGGAGUCAUAGUAACGCCCUUCAGGAAGAUGCACAAAGGAGGCUGUUUGCUUUCAAUCUCUUGCAACCCGUACGUGACAUAAUCCUUACGAGCGUCAAUUCGCUAGUCGAUCCCCUCACCAUCAUCACCUCCCUAGAGUUCGAUCCCUUCAUACGACGUCUGCGAACCCGGCGGAGAGCGAGUUCUGUGAAGUCCUACGACGAGUGUAUUGCUGUCUUAUGAAUAAUCCCAAGAUGAGGGAGAUGGAUCAGCCCCCAUUCCAUAUCAACAACC